AACUGCUCUUCCCUUGCAAAACAAGCAGUACUAGCGGACACUACUUUCUUCCCAUUUUCCUUCGCUUCUCUCCUUGUCCGCGCAGAAAAAGGGAUUGCGAUAUAGUACUGAGUUUGUGAGCGAGCGAGGGUUUUGAAAAUGGGGGAAUCGCCAUCAUCUCCUACGUCGUGCAGCUCUUCACGUUCUGCACCAUUUCCGCAAUCGAACUUCGCGUCUCUUCCAGUAAUGGCUCGCAAGGACAAAAUUGUCGAGAAAAUCUUGGAAAAUCGCGUCACUCUCAUCGUCGGCGAGACUGGCUGCGGAAAGAGCUCUCAAGUUCCACAGUUUCUUCUGGAAGAAAACAUGAAACCCAUUUUAUGCACACAACCAAGGAGAUUUGCUGUUGUUGCUGUUGCUAAAAUGGUUGCUAAAGCUCGUAACUGUGAACUUGGAGCACAGGUUGGAUAUCACAUAGGUCAUUCGAAGCUUAUAUCGGCAAGCAGUUCAGAAAUUGUCUUCAAAACAGCUGGUGUUUUGUUGGAUGAAAUGCGAGAUAAAGGGCUGAACGCUCUCAACUACAAGGCUAUUAUUCUUGAUGAAGUGCAUGAAAGAUCUGUUGAAUCUGAUCUUGUUCUUGUUUGUGUCAAGCAGUUUCUGUUGAAAAACAAUGACCUGAGGUUGGUAUUGAUGUCGGCAACUGCUGAUAUUGCAAGAUACCGAGAUUACUUCAAAGACCUCGGUAGGGGUGAAAGAGUUGAGGUGCUUACAAUCACUAACACCAACCAACAGGCCCUUUUCCAGCGAAGAGUUUCAUAUCUUGAACAGGUAACUGAACUUCUUGGAACGAGUUCAGACUUAUUGGCCCAAACCUACUGUUCAGGACCAAACCCUUCUAUGGCUGCUGCUGAUAUCAAACCAGAAGUGCAUAGACUUAUUUUUGAUUUGAUUUUGCACAUUCAUGAAAAUGAACCAGACAUUGAAAAGGGCAUUUUGGUUUUCCUUCCAACGUACCAUGACCUGGAGCAGCAGUGGCAUCGUCUGAAUCCACUUAGUUCAUCUUUUAAAGUUCACAUUUUACAUGGAAGCAUUGACACUCAACAAGCUCUUUUGGCUAUGAAAAUCUUGAAAUCUCAUCGUAAGGUAAUAUUGGCCACAAAUAUUGCAGAAUCAUCUGUAACCAUACCCAAAGUAGCCUAUGUCAUUGAUUCAUGCCGAUCUUUACAAGUUUUCUGGGACGCUACUAGGAAAAAGGAUUCUACAGAGCUUGUUUGGGUUUCUAAGUCUCAGGCUAAUCAGCGGAAAGGGAGAACUGGUCGAACUUGUGAUGGCCAGAUAUAUCGGUUGGUCACAAAAUCAUUUUUCAACAAGCUGGAGGAUCAUGAACGUCCAGCCAUAUUGAGGUUGUCAUUGCGGCAACAAGUUCUUCUGAUGUGUUGUGCUGAAUCCAGAGCCAUUAAUGAUCCCAAGGUCUUGUUGCAGAAGGCUUUGGAUCCCCCAGAUCCUGAGUUUAUUGAAGAUGCAUUAAAUUUGCUUGUUUGCAUGAAGGCAUUGGAUAGACCAUCUCCAAGGGGGCGGUACGAGCCCACCUUUUAUGGACGGUUGCUUGCCAGUUUCCCAUUGUCCUUUGAUGCUUCUGUGCUUGUACUCAAGUUUGCAGACUUUGGAUUGCUCCAGCAAGGCAUUCUACUGGGCAUAUUGAUGGAUGCCCAGCCUCAACCGAUUCUUCGUCCUUUUGGAGAGGAACAUUUGUAUACAGAGUACGCUUACCGAUACUAUGGUGGAGACUGCGACUAUUCUGUCCAAAUUGGUCGAAAGGAGAUGAUACUAAUUGGAAACUUGGGUGCAUAUCAGUUCUGGCAACAUAUAUUUAAGGAUAAGCACCGCCUUGAACGCUUGAAACACCUUUUAAAGAUUGAUGAAAUGAAAGAUACCACUGUAUUGCUGCCAAAGAUCGAAGAAGAAUGGUGCACAUCCCAUAAUCUUGUCCAAUCAUCACUACAUAAUGUCUCUGAAAUAUAUGAAGAUAUACUAAAUUCACUGCAUCGGUUUCGGCCAAGAUUUCUGGGUACCUGUAAUGAUUUACCGACUUGGCAUGCCCCUUAUGAAUUUAAGCACACUUGUCUUCUAAAAUGUCAGCCAAAAGGAGAUAAUGAUACUGUUGUUGCGGAUGAUGAGCAUGAUGAGCCAUCUCAUGAAACAAGGAAAUGUUUUGCGGUACCAUUUGUUGCUCCAAGUCACUUUCAGACCAUAAAAGUGGCUGAAAAUUUGUCAAAUAUUAUCAAAGAGAUAAGAGUUCGGCAUACAGACAGCACGUCUGACGAUCAGCAUGGGUAUAUUGUUAAUGUGUCUCAUGGCAAUGAAGAAGCUUCUCUGUGUGUAUAUUUUAUGAAGGGAUCCUGCAACAGAGGCAGUCAAUGUUUGUUUUCUCAUUCAGCUCAAGCGAAAAGAGAUCCGUGCAAAUUCUUUUUCACUUUACAAGGAUGUCGAAAUGGAGAGACUUGUUCCUUUUCUCAUGUUGUGGGUCCAUCAUUGUCAUCAUUUAGCUCAACUCCAUGCAUGCCAGAAGAUGGUGCUGUCAAUGCCGCGUCCCUGCUACGUUUUCUUCCAACGUCUUCUGAUGGAUGUGUUCUGUUAUUGGAUGACACUGAUUUGCAUUUCUCCUCAAAUCUUGCUCGUCACUACGAUCCUUGCAAAAUAAUCUCUACAACAUGCAUGUCAGACACUUUCAUGUGCGACCCAUCAUUGAUGGGUAUCAGAAUUCUGUGGGGUCUCCACCACCCAUACCAAACCAUUAUUUCCACUCCCAGAGAUAGUCCCAUUCCAUGGAGUGAAGUUAAGUGCAUAUUGUGGUUGCCUAAUUUAGAUAGUUACAGUGAAAAUUUGGAGAGGCAGAAAACUUUUGUGCAGAAUUUCUUUGAGUACUUAGCCAUCCGAAUAUUAGCUGAUGCCUUGUAUGAAGUGCAAGUUAUCCUCGUCAUGAACAAUAUCAAAUUUUCACUGCUACAGGUAGAGAAGUUGGGGAGAGACAGCUUCUUUUUCCUUGGAGAGUCUUUUCCAUUCGACGAGGAAAGCUUUGGUCAGAUGCCAAAUACAGUCACUACUAGAAAGCCAAUGAUGGUAUCAAAGCCCAUCUCAUACGUAUUUAUCCUGCAACCGCCUACUGACGUUCAGUUUGGCAACUAUGCUGCCAUACUUCAAAAACAUCUGCACGAUGUCAAUGGGAACCAUGUGGAGGGUUUUCAGGGUUUGCAUUCUUAAUCUCGCAAUCUAUAAAUUUAUGAUUUUAUAUUGUAGAUAGAUGAUGGAUAUCAAUGACAAUGUUAUCAGCUACUGGUUUGCUUGAUAUAUUGUGGCUUUUUUCAUUUCA